AGAUCCAGAAAACUUUUUUCAUCGCUGAAAAGUGGAUAUUAUUUUAAAUACACCGUUGAUUGACGGAUUGGUUGAUUGAUUACUUCUGGCUGCUUCUCUCAGGUAGUUGAACACUUGGUUACAAACUGUUGUUGGACUGACAAGUUCAUCUCCUACACUUGUUCCUCAUAUCCUUUAUCCUGGCCUGUCAUUUCCUCUCAUCUCAUCUUCCUCCUUUUUGUCCUCCUGUCUCCUCUCGUGUCCUCUUCUCUUUUCCCUUCAAUGAUCAACCUCCUCUUCAUCCAUCCUCCUCUUCGCUCCUCUCCUCUCUCCUCCAGAUGUUGACCCUCUCAGUGCUCCUGCUGCCGUUGCUGCUCUCCUCUCCACUUGUCUCCUCCUCUCCUUUGGCCAAGGACCAGUCAGUGUGCGCCAGGACUUUCUGCGGUGCAGGUCGAGAGUGUGUAUCGACCGACAGAGGAGAACCCGUCUGUAGAUGUUUACAGCAGUGCGACGCCACGGAGAGCUGGGUGUGUGGCAGCAACGGGCGAUCCUACCGGAAUCACUGUGAGCUGCACAGGGACGCCUGCACCACCCGAAACAAGAUACACGUGCAGCACCCAGCACGCUGUCCGGAGAAACCGCCAAAGGCAGACGCGAGCCCCGUGGCUUGCUUCCUGUUGCACUGCGACGGGCUGAGAGAGAGCGCGGUGCGGUGGAUUCGGGAGGAGGCCCGGUCGAACGUCACGGCGGCCGACGCGCUGCUGAGGUCUUGGAUGCUCUCGGAUGAAAACGCCGACUGGAAGCUGAUCACAGACACACCCAGACACACCUUUGAGGAGAGCAUCGGAUGGAGGAGGACGUCGGGGAAGGAGCAGAAGAAGAAGUGACGGAGGAGGAGUGGAGCAGCCGAGCGGCUGAGCUCAACGCGUUGCAGGAGGACGGUCGACACUGAACCUGCAGCCGCAAAUCAGACAGUCGUAGCCGCCUCCUCGAGUUGUAAUAGAACGACUUUAUGAAUGCUCAAUUUAUUUAUUUUUGCAAACAUUAGAAAGCAACACUAGUAGAUAUACUGCUACUCAAUUUUACACAUUUUAUAACAACUACAUUUCUAUCAAAAUAAAUAUGUUUAUUUAUCUAUAUUUUUAGAGUGCGCGCCAUUCGUGUUGCGGUGCACACCAGGCGGGUGGGAUUAUCGUCUUCUAAUGCACACCAGAGAGAGAUUUUUGAUUUUUAGAAAACCUUUAUUUUACAUAAAACAAUAUAAAACGAGCAACAAACAUGCAAUCAGACGACAACAAAAUGCACUGCAAGCCUAUGGCUCCUCACAUCGUGUUGAAGGGAGGUUUAAAAACUAGUUCUUUUCCAGGCACACAACACACUAUUUCCCCGUAACACCAUUUUUCAUUAAAAUCUUUCAUGUUAUCCAUGCUAGUAAAAAACCUAAAAUCAACCCAGAUUCUGGCUCUGACUCUUGCAAUGAAGAUAUUCAGGGCCUCCUGCCCUACUCUGUCUUCUACUCUGUUUUUUCUGCUGGUGUAGAUUGCCAGUUUUGCCUCUCCAACCAAAUGGUUGAGCAGUUUCCCUUUUGCGGCGUUCGUUUUUGUGUAACUAGCUCCUAAAAUAAAUGUGACCCUGGACCAGGUCUCACCGAACCCUUUAAAAACAUUCUUCAGUGUGUUAAACAGGUCACAGAGCCUCACACAAUGAUAAAAACAGUGAAACACAGUCUCCUCCUCUUCACAGAAAGGGCAACUCUUGGAAACUGUGGGAUUAAUAACUGAAAUAAAAGUAUUAACCGCAAUGGCACCAUGUAGUAUCCUCCACUGAAGAUCUCCUGUUCUCUUUU